GUUUCGGCGGGAGAUCGGUCAUAGCGUAGUCGCAUGCCAAAUGCCACCCACCACCCGGUAUGCAUGUCUCCUUGGGUUGGGCGCGCGCUGCAUGCCCCCCUUUCGGAUAAGGAUUUUUCAUGGUAUCCUUUAUCCUCAAAACUCUGAUUGACAAACCUUGCAAAAGCAUUUUCCAUCUUCCGUUUCGUCGGCGUCUCCGCAAGGGGGCACUGUCCACUGUGUGUGCAUUCACUCCAGAGUUUAUUUCCUGUGGGUUUCCAGGACGGAGUCGUCCAAGGGAUCCAAGUCAACGCCUGCUUUGUGUGUCUUGACUCGAACACUACAGCGACACUGGAGCUGCAAAAUGGCGCUUCCUCUCACUCGAGGACGCAAGGCAGCGUCUCCAGUAGUAAAUAUUGAGAAGAGUAACACCUGAAUAAGCAUGUUCGACGCCAGCUUUCGAGGCAUAGUUCUUUGAUCUAAUAAGCAUCUCUGCAACUCAUAUGUGGCGAGGAAGUUUGUGUUCAGAGAUUGCGAAUGCCCUUGUCAUUUCGGCACCAUGGGUCACAAUGGGCCUAAGCCAAGGAGGGUACCGCCCGAACCCGCGUUCGAAACUUCGAACGGUCUCACGUGGGUGUUCGUUUCCAAUGGUUACAGAGCCUUCAAGCUGAAGAGUCACGGAAUCGUCCAAAUGCCCAUGUAUAUACCUUUGGGCUCCGGGCAGUAUGGAAGGGUUUUCGAGGUACAGCCGGUGGAGGGUUCAGAGGUAUCCGCUGCUGUUGGUAUCGGGCGUCAAUUCGCAGCCAAACUCCUCUUCCUUCCUGAUUUUGAAGCAGAGGGUAUAACGGCCGAUGUUAUUCGUGAAACCAACUUCUAUAAUGAAUUCAGUAUGUCAGAGUAUGCUAACAACGAGUUUCCGAAUUUCCCUUCCUUUUUCGGUUGCCGUUCGUGUCUUGAAUUAUCUCCGGAGUUUGCGGAAGGUUACCUUGGGGGCGUCCGGCAUUGCGGCGUCCUUAUCGUAGAGAAAUGCCGAUCUGAUUUUGGACAGUACAUUAAACGGCUUUGGGCGGAAAAGCGUAUGACUAUUUCUGCGUUGAAGUUCUACGUUUGGCAAUUACUGAACGGAGUGGCCAAGUUACACAGCCAAAAUGUCGUCCACCGUGACUUGAAGCCCGAAAAUCUGCUUGUGGACACCGCAAAGGUUCAAGAUGGAGAUUACCUCUAUGAGGAAGGAGUGUCCAUUGUCAAAAUCGCUGACUUCGGAAUGGGGCGCAAAGUGCGCUGGGAGUUAAGUCAGCAGUGCGCAGGGUCCAUCGCUCCCGUUAGCCUAGCCUACGAGAAGACGGCUGAUGUGGAGAACAACUCGUCGCAUCAUGGAGCGAAUAAUCGAGGAGGUCGAGCGACGAUUCCACCAGGAUUCAGAAUCAACGAGACGGGGUGCAUGAGACAGACAGGGCACGUGAUCACGCUGCCCUACCGUCCUCCGGAUCUGCUGGUUGCAGACCCAAAACGAUACAGCAGUGCCAAGAGCCUGGUAGCCGACUACGGCCUUUGGUGUGAUAUGUGGUCGUUGGGUGUGAUUAUACUGGAGAUGUGCCUUCCACAGCACGCUGUUAGACCGCCGUACCGGUGGCAAUACGCAUUUGUCACUCACGAUGCACGAAAAGCGACUUACCAGAUGGAGGUGAUGAUUCUGGAGAACAUCUUCAAAAUCAUUGGCCGACCGUGUGCCGCGGACCUGGAGUUGAUGACAAGAGGUGCAGGGUGGCAGCGUGGCAUUCUGACGAAGUUCCUUAGCUCCUUCCCCCAGUUGGAUAUGAACGUGAAAAAACUGUCGAUCAAUGACUUCAUUUUGGAGCGUGGUGGCUUGCAACUGGACGAACUGGGACUGGACCUGAUUGCACGGCUGCUUCAAGUCUCUCCGACGAAGCGGCUAGCCGCGGAAUGCGCCUUGGCCCAUCCUUGGUUCCACGAUUUGCCGUACCAACAGAUGAAUAGGCUCGGUCUUAUCUCUCACCUUGCUGAGCUGGCGUCACCAAAUGUCCGAGGGGCACUGCCUAACUCUCUUCGGUUAUGCAUAGCCUGGUGGGAGUCGACGGGCCGUUCGGUGGCGCACACUCAAUUCGCAAUGCAUGGAAUGCUCCAUCAAAUGCUUCUGCGACAGGAACAGGAGCAUUUGAAAACCCAGCAACAGUACAUAUGUGGACAGCUGCGUAGAGUGUGCUCACGGGACGGUCGAAUCGCUGUCGAGCAGGGUACGCCGCAGAAAGCUCACCCAAAGAAGGCCAAGACCGGAAGCGAAAAAGAUUCAACGUCUCCAGCAUCUGACCAGCGACAGAAAUCUUCCCUCACGCGGAUCCAGUCGGUGGAAGCUCAACGCGCCGGUGCGCGAAGGGAUCCAGCUACGACGGGGAACUCUUUUGACAGCUGCAUGCAGGGACCCCACUCUGGUGGCUUCCCUUUCGAGAAACCUAGCGGCUCAUUCCAUGGAUCCCAACACAUCGUUCAUGCCCUCCAUCAACAGCAGCAGAGGACUAUCCAUCCGACAGGCGUGGAGAGUGAUGACGAGGUCAUCCGCAGUCCCCUUCGGCGGCGAAGCCACCCACUGAAAGCCGCAUGCAGUUCAACAUCUACACUUCCCCUUCCAUUGUAUUCCACGUACGGCUCUCGAGGUGCGCAGUCGGCAGUUGGCCAUGGAAAAAGUUCCCGGUGUCGGUCAAACGACAAUUCGACGCUGCAGGUGGGGCCAGGCACCGCAAAAGCGACGAAACAGGAGUUAAAUCAGGACGCAAAGGAGCAAGAGAAUGUCACGUCGGACGUAAACUUUGUGCAAGAGGAAGACCGACGUACGAAGGAACGAGACUGUGAAGGCGACCCGUCUCAGCUCCCGCAUACAGGGAAACUCGUGCGCGAUGCCAAGCGCCUACGGCCGAGUCACGACCAACAGUGUACUGCUCGACAAAACCUUCCGAAGAAUUUUUGAAUGAACGACUGAUUGCGUUCCAGCUUUCUGAUGCGUGGCAGCAGAGGCCGCACGAAAAAGUGUACUUUCACACUCCCUGCCGCCUCCAUAUGAACAUGUGCGCAGCUGCUGUCUUCUAGUGUACGCACUCGCAAGUGUUAACAACGGAGAGUACUUCAGUGCUCUUGAAGCAGGGAGCUGAGAACGAAACUCGAUCUAACCCGAACUGUAUCUAUGCGAACGUACUUUGUGCAGCCCCUGUCCUCGGCGUGGCGUCUGUGUGCGGCGCCACUUGCCACACUUCAGAGCUCCGAGCCAGCUGGAGCUCAUGAGAAGGCGGCCUGUACAUCCCGUUCUUAACGUGCGAGGUGGACCCCCCGCGCCUUAAGAAAAUACGCCCUCAUCUGUUAACAGGAGUGAAGUAUGUGCUUUUCGAUCAGGGAACCGUGCCCUGCUGGAGUACGUGCCCGGUAUCUUACGUGUCAUUCGCGAGGUGUCUUCUCCCGAUAACGAAGUGGGAAAUUUCGGCGGUGUCACAGUUCCUACAUGCCUCUGCACUGAAAGUCUACUAAAAUGUGACUGUGGAUACGAAGGAUGUCUACGGUGUGUUGGUAGAGGGACAGGGCGAGGUAGUAUAAAUCAAGGCUGGCCAGGAGCACAGCGAGAAUUCAGAACAGCUCGCCUUCAAAGUACGGGUGAAUUACAGAUGUUGACUAUUUGCAGCGCCGGGACACAAGAGGAAAUGCUGUGGUGCAUAUACCUGUUUUUUCUGUUACCGGGUAGCGUUCUUCUUCUGUGCCUCCUGUGUCGCACCAAAGAGUUUUCUGGGUCCCCAGGAGGAUGUACGUGUUAGCCUUUAGGUGGCAAGAAGUGCUCGCUGAUACAGCUGGAGGACUGAUGCCCGACUGCGGUAAACGCGUCUCAGUUUGCCUUACGCACGUUCUUCGACUACGCUUUGAUUUGUUCUAUUGAUUUUUCGAGCGUUUAAAGAGUCUACCAUUCUGCAGUAGGACAAGCGCCUUGCACUUUUUUCUUGCCCAAAGGGCGGAGAAUGCCGAAUGUAUCGAUGUCUGUGGUCACAUCACAUGUAGUUACCGC